AUGGAGAAAUUUAUCUUCGACGAGUCUGCUGUCGCCAAAUAUAGAAAUGUAUCAAUUGAUUUGAUAUGGAAACAAAUGGGAGAUGUAAAAGCUUUGGAUGACACACAAGUAUUUCCGAAUUUGUGCAAAUUAGCUCAGUUAAUAUUAUUACUACCACACUCAAAUGCAGCUGCUGAGCGCAUUUUCUCUAUUGUAACUGAUGUUAAGUUUGAGGAUGUACCUGUCAGAGAGUUUGUCAGGUCUCUCUUUUUAACAAAGACAGGAAAGGACAUAAAGCUGAAUGUGACCAGCUCAGCAGAAUCGCUGGAAUAUUCGGGAUUUGAUCCCAGGAAAGUGUUGGAGAGUUUCUACAAUAAGGGUCGAGCUAUAACAGAUGCAAGGACCUUCAAGAUCCACAAGAUUGAAGGGGAUGACACCUCUCCUGUUCUUUCAACAGUGACGCCUGACCGCCCACCUCGAUCCUCAACAACAAAGAUAACUUCGCCAACAAAUGAAAACAGAAUUAUUAGAUUAAAAAGUCCUUCCAGGCGUCAACAGGAAAUUGAAGUAGCAGAUAUUGUGCCAGAGGCAUCAACAAGUUCAACAACCAGUACAGCUUUACCAACACCAUCUGGCAGUAGUGGCAUUAUUGGCAGUGGUAGUACAAUGUGUUGGGACGGUUUUAUGAAACAAGCAUCAACCACACAAUCUACAGAACAAAGUCAAAACAAGCCAAAACCCAAGAGAAUUCGACUAACAGAAACAUCUCAUUUAAAUGCUGCUAAAGAUGCCGACAUAGUCUUUACGUCAGAGUCAUACGCGAAACGUAUAUCUUUACAAAUGGGCAGAUAUUUCUAUGCUACAAAUACGCCUUUUAAUCAUGCAGAUCAUGCAGAGUUUCGACAGUUGUGUAAUAUUAUGAGACCUGGAUAUAAACCACCAUCAAGACGUCAAAUUGGAGGACAAAUCUUGGAUGAUACCUAUCAGUCAGUCUUGGAAGAGUGUAAACAGAAACUAGAAGGUCAGGUUGUCUCCAUGUCUUUGGAUGGAUGGAGCAACAUUCAUAAUGAGCCCAUCGUGUGUUGUUCAAUAAUGACCCAAAGUGGAGAUUCAUACUUAGUGUCAACUCUCGAUACUUCGGGACAUCCACACACUGCAGAAUACUUGAAAGAAGUAGCAACUGACGCAAUUCAGAAGACUGAGGAAACCUUUGGUGUAAAAGUAAGAAGCUUUAUUACAGACAACACGGGCAACGUCUUAAAAAUGCGAAAAGAACUUAUUAAAGAUGUCGAUAUAAUUCACUAUGGAUGUUCUGCCCACAUCCUUAAUUUGCUUGCAGAAGACCUUGACAUUCCAGGGGUCACAGAGCACAUUUUGAAAGCCAUAAAAUAUUUCAGAAACAAGCAUUUACCUGCAGCUUUUUAUAAGGAAAUGAGGGGAAAAAACUAG